CUGGCGGGCCGCCGUCGGGCUGGCGGGUGCCGGAGCCCCGGCAUGGCGGCGUUCGGCCCGCGGAAGGCCCAGCGGCUGGCGCGGGCGGACGGCAGCAGGAAGGGCGGCCUGGACGAGCGGGCCGCCCCCGUCGUGCGGCUCCUCAACGGGCAGUCCCGGUUCUGCACCACCAGCUCCUGCUCGGGCCGCCUGGUCCUAGUGCAGGGCCGCGCCGUGGAUGGAGACAGCUUUGAGAUCCAGAAGAAGGACUGCAGCUGGCUGCUGGUGACACACGAGCCCUGCUCCGGGAGCGAAGUGAUGACAGCAUUAGAGAAAGCCACUGGUGAUGUUGUGCUCAAGUUUGAACCAUUUGUUCUUCAUGUGCUGUGUCAAGAGCUGCAAGAUGCACAGCUUCUGCAUUCUGUAGCUGUCAAUUCUGGCUUCAGGAACUCUGGUAUUACAGUUGGCAAAGGAGGAAAAAUUAUGGUGGCUGUCCGGAGCACUCACUGCUUAGAAGUUCCAUUGAGCCACAGGGGUAAAUUGAUGGUCUCUGAAGAAUACAUUGAAUUUCUGAUACAUGUAGCUAAUCAGAAAAUGGAAGAAAACAUAAGGAGAAUUGACAGGUUCUUCAAAUGCUUAGAGUUGGCUUUGAAAAAUUCUGCCAGUACAAACAGCUCUCUUGAGAAGACAGAGAAGCAUUGCCCUGUGUACUUGCACAGAAGAAAGAGAAAAAACAUUCAAGGGUUGCACACCCCUCCAAGGGGACCCAACGAGGAACUGGAGCCUGAGGAUGAUGUGGAAACCAGCCUGGAUAUUUUUGCUGAGAUCAUGAUAUAGACAAAGGCAUUUGAAAGCAAAUUACAAACUGAAUAAUAAUUGUAAUGCUCUUUGUAAGAGAUUUAAAUACUGCUCUGUUCUAAGUAGUAACAUUCUCAUGGACAUUUGCCAGAAAAUAAGGCAAUUAAACAGGUUUAGUGCCACAGUAGCAC